AUGACAGAUGCAAUCCUUCAGAAAGUAGCAACAGCAACCUCAAAAGAUGGAAAUCUCAUAACCUUAGCUGAAAUUAUAGCUAAUGGAUGGCCUGAGGACCAGACGCAAGAAGCUAAGCCAUAUCAACCUAGAGAAACCAUGCAGAGGCAGCCUAUUCCAAAGAGAAGAUGGCAAAUAGUCAGUGCUGAUCUUUUCAAUGUGAAGAAAGACGUGUACUUGGUAGUUGUGGAUAAUCUCACAAAAUACUGGGACUUAGAGCAACUGAAUGAUACUCAUGCUGAGUCCCCAAUCUUCCAGAUGAAGAAGAUUUUCACCCAGCUGCAAGUCCCUGAGGUGGUGAUAUCAGACAAUGGUCCUAAAAAUGUUAGCAAGGAAUUUAAGGAGUUUUCAGAGAGUUGGAACUUUCAUCACUAUACAUCUUCACCACACCAUCCAAAAGGAAACGAUGAAUUGGCAUCACCAAAUGAGAAAUUGGAUUCCAGAAGAACAAGAACAGUUAUACCAGUGAAAUCAGAGUUACUUAAACCCCACGUGAUACCAACCUCGAGCAUCAUACGAGCUUCAGUCAAGAAGAAGCAACAGAACAAGAGAUACCAUGAUAAGAAAGCAAAGCCACUACCCCCUCUUGUUGUAGGAGAUAGUAUUCGCGCCAAGAUCAGGCCUCAGUCGUCGCCCCUGUGGACACAAGGAAGUGUGGUCAGAAGAGAAUCUGACAGAUCCUACAUAGUGAAGGCCGAUGCCGUGAGUACCGGAGGAAUCGGUGUCACAUCAGGAAAACUAGAGAAAUGA